UGGAGAGGUGGUGGUGGUAAGAAUUCGUGCCGGGAAUAUCGGAGAGCGUCCGAGGCGGAUCAAAACAAGCGAUGCUCGAGCUGAGCGAGGUCUCACUUUCUUCCGUUGGUCGUCGAAGAUUCGCCGAAGAGAAACUCGAGGAGGAAACACGUGAGUCUUCGUCGUCGCUGUCGCUGGCGUUCCCCAGUCAUCCUCUUCGUGAGGCUACACGCAAUAAUCGUCGUAACGCGACCCACCGCGGCGUCUCCUCCUCCACCUUCUCCCCAUUCUCGUUCCUCGGCCGGGCGGGAUUUCAAUCCGAGGAGACAAUGUAGACUGCCCGCCGCUGCACCACCCUCGUCGUCCCUCGAUCGCGUCGUCGUCGUCGUCGGGGAUGCCGGCACGGCCGCCUGCGGCUGUCAUCAUCGUCGACGGCUACGCGUAGCCCAGCCACUGAGGCGCGAGCGUGAACACACCCCGUGGGAGAUGUCUUACAGCGAUGGCGCGCGCCCGGCACGAAAAUUUGGCACGAAAUCGCCGAAGAAGCUGUGCGUGACCAAGAGUGAGAAUAGCGACAAAACCACGACGACGGUAAACUGCGGCGGCCACCAUCAUCACAAUCACUUUCAUCACAACCAUCAUCGGUUCCUGGACAGUUCGCAGCCGUCGGUGCACAAGCGGAAUCUCUACAUCGUCUCCUUCCCGUUGAUACUGCUCUUCAACAUACUGAGGACUCUGCUCUACCAGCUGUUCGUGGUCUUCAGGUAUCUGUACACCUCGACGUCUCAACUGAUCCAGCGUAGACAGGCGUCCAAGCAGGCCUGCCAGCUGGAGAUCGUUGUCGGUCAGAAGCCGACGGAUGCUCUGUCCGGUCGUCUGAUCAACGGCAGCCAGGCAGAGACAGAAGCCAUGUCGCAAGGACCCAGACGUCCCAUCGGCCCAGGCCCGGCGGAUCCUCUGCUAGCCAAGCAGAAGCAUCAUCAUCGCCGAGCGUUUGAGUUUAUCAGCAAGGCGCUGAAGAUUGAUGAAGAUAAUGAAGGGCAGAAAGAGAUGGCGAUAGAAUUAUACAAGAAGGGAAUCGGAGAACUAGAGAAGGGUAUAGCCAUAGAAUGUAACGGCGGACACGGUGAAGUAUGGGAGCACGCUCAGAGACUUCACGACAAGAUGCGUACAAAUUUAAUAAUGGCGAAAGAAAGGCUCGAGUAUCUCGUGAGUGUGUGUGAGCUGAGAAAGCUGGGUAUCAACAAUGAAUAUUGCGCGCCUGGAAAUAAAACGGACGGUGAACAUCCAGGAAAACAUCUGAGGGCCCGCCGCAAUAUACACACUUUUCAAACCUCAACACGCACCAAUACGCCCAACAUUAGUCACAAUAACAAAAACACGAACAAUACACAUACAGUUAACACCGGGCAGACUAUAUGUACGCAAAUUCCCAAGUUAAGGCCACGUUCUCCAAAAAACUGUUGCGCUCACACCACCGAAGUGUCCGGCAGAAAGCUGUCAGUGCCGGGUAAACGGACGACCGGGGCACCGUUGAGCAAGAGCCAGACACUGCCUAGAAAUAUGGGCAGGUCAGCGCCUAUCCAGCCCUGCCACAGGACCGUGCCGAUCAAACCGUCCUCCACGCCGCCCUCCGUGAAGAGGCAGCUGUCUGUGCCGGGGAACGGCUCGCCCAUAAGACGCCCGGGGACACCCACUGCUUCGAGCAGUAACAGGAGCACCCCGACCCGAAAGGUGCCCAUCCUCAAGGGAGUAGACCCGAAGCUUGCUCAGGUGAUCCUCGACGAGAUUCUGGAAGGUGGAGCGCCGGUGCAGUGGGAAGAUAUCGCUGGCCAAGAGACUGCGAAGCAAGCCUUGCAGGAGAUGGUGAUCCUGCCGUCGCUGCGGCCGGAAUUGUUCACCGGUCUGCGAGCACCGGCGAGGGGAUUGUUGCUGUUCGGGCCGCCGGGAAACGGGAAGACGUUGUUGGCGCGCGCCGUUGCGACGCAAUGUAACGCGACGUUCUUCUCGAUCUCCGCCGCCAGUCUCACGUCCAAGUACGUCGGGGAGGGUGAGAAAUUGGUGAGGGCACUGUUCGCGAUCGCGCGGGAGCUGCAGCCGUCCGUUAUCUUCAUCGACGAGGUCGAUUCGCUGCUGAGCGAGCGGAAGGAUAACGAGCACGAGGCUUCAAGACGAUUAAAAACCGAGUUCUUGGUCGAGUUCGACGGCUUGCCGUGCAAUCCUGAGGAAAGGGUGCUCGUCAUGGCUGCUACAAACAGGCCGCAGGAGCUGGACGAGGCUGCGUUGAGACGAUUCACGAAGCGCGUGUACGUCACUCUGCCGGACCUGCAGACGAGGAUCGUGUUGCUCCAAAGGCUCUUGGCCAAGCACAACGAUCCGUUGAUGGCCGAAGAAUUAAACGAGAUGGCGGUCGUGACAGAGGGAUAUUCCGGAAGUGAUUUGACCGCAUUGGCUAAGGAUGCAGCGCUUGGACCUAUCAGAGAACUAAAUCCAGAUCAGGUGAAAGAAUUGGACUUGAAUUCCGUUCGUAAUAUCACCAUGCAGGACUUCCGUGAUUCCCUAAAGAGAAUCCGCAGAUCCGUCUCGCCGGCUAGCCUAGCUGCCUACGAGAAAUGGAGCUUCGAGUACGGGGACGUCAGUCUUUGAUUUCAAAUAAAUCGCUCGGGUGAGAAGCCGCGGGUCAGGUGCGCUUCGCUCAAGUGUGAUCCACCGACGCUUGUUAACGCGACGGUUUAACCGUCGCAUUUUUAUUCUUGUGAACAAUACUUGCACUUAAAAUGAGAAAACGGCGAAGAGGAGGACAAAAGGAGCAGCCAUGUUCUUUGAUUUCUCUAAUGGUGAGAAUUCGAUGUACACACUAGCAUAUUCGCGCAUUCUUGAAGCACCGAAGCUUGAAGCUCUCGUCUGAAUUUCUCAUUUCGAGCUUCGCAUCGAUCUCUGUCUCGGUGAACACAGAAGCGAAACUUGGAACCCGACGGAUAAUAUUUCAUGUCGAGAUAUAUUUUGAGAGAUUACACUCAAUUCAUUGAUUUUAGCAGAUAUAUAGAUAUAUAAUAUUCCAUCCAGUGAUCGAAUAUAUAUUCGCAGUUCGACAACACGUAGCUUUAACCGUUAUAAAAUAUUUAUGCCUCAUAUCGUAUUGCUUAAAUCUAUUUACUAUUCUUUUGCAAUUCAGUUCCUUCGUAUACUGCGAUUCCCGGUAGCGCGCACGAGACUCGCGUUAUGUUAUAAGUUGCACUUAGUGUCGGACUAUGUUAUAUGUGUUAACGGUUGAUGUUAAGUAUUUGAAGUUACUACGAUCACAUACCGCUGCUGAGAUUCGAAUGACUAAUUAAUUAAUCGAGCGAACGCAUCAAUCCGCUAUGGCGGAAUGCACAUACAAUUCGUACAAUUCGACCGUUGUUAUUUAUCAAGUUGACACGAGCGAGUUAAUCACACACGCACACACACACACCACACACACACCGUGAGACACCGAUCACUAUGAUGACACGUUAUCGCAACAGUAGAAAGACUGCAUUCGCAAAUGAAACAGCGCACGUCCAAACAGAUAAUAAAACAAAUAAUAUCUAUUGAGAUGACGUAUGUGUGUAACGAAAUGACACUGUAGUUAUUUAUUCGGCAUACUUAGAGAGAAAGGAUGAACGUCGCAGGAUGUGUUAGAACUUGAGUUAGGGGAUGCAAAAUCGCACAAGAACAGUCGAUAUUGUCUCACGCGCGCAUCGAUAUUGUAUAUGUACUUCCCCCGAGGUGUUGCGAAGUGUUAAAUCUUGUUACGUUUGAUACCGAUUCAGAGAUUCGUUUGUUGACACACUGAUGCGUCUGGGAAUCAUAACGCGGCAAACAUGAUGCGCGCGAAAAAGAGGAAAAAGAGGAAGACCAGAGAUCUGAAAUUCUGUUUUGAUACAAAAUUCUAUAAGACAACGAAUUGAGAGAGUAUCUGUACGAUCUCUAUCUAUGAAAUCCUAAGUAUCUAUCUGUAAGCGUUAUUUGUAAGCUUGGAGAGAGAGGGGGGGGGGGAGAGGAGAGACAUGUUUUUAUGAUAUUUAUCUAUUGCUUCCGAUGCUCAAAAGAAAUAGGAUAAUUAUGCUUGUACAAUAUACUUAUCGAAUUAAUGUUUUAACAUGGGACUAUAAGUCGUUUAAAUCGAUAUUCUACAAUUAUAACGUGACAAAUCUGUUCGUUCCAAAGUAUCCGUGCAGAUAGGAUAACAUCGUUGCGGUCUCGUAGUGUAUAAGGUCUAUUGCGAGAAUCAUGUUGAAGAUGAUUAUUUUUCGGGCGUUUCACGUCCUCGCUGAAUUUUACGCAUUUGAACGCUUCAUGCAACGGAAGUGGAGAAAACGCUGUUUACAAGCGCGAAACUGUAGUUAUUGGAUAAUAAGUUUC